GAUGAGCUGAGAAGAGAUCCCUCGCCCGUAAGGGGGCGCCCUUUGAACCAUUAGAUUAUGUGUUUUUUACUGUAAAGCAAAUUCGAAUCUGAUUGCAGAAAAGCGCCCCUUCAAGGCUUAAGGUUAGCACGGGUGACGAAGCCCUUAUUAGCUGCAACAGAACUAGCAAUCGAUCCAAAUCUGAGACGUCUUUCUGUGCUUCUGGCUCCAAUAAAAUUUCAUCUCUCUUGGGGAUCGAAAGCAAUAAAAUUUCCUUCCUUUCUCAUAAAUCUGAAGACAAGACUAGCGAGAGAGAUGGCUAAUUUUAGGAGUACAAGAUGCCAACUUUUCUGUGCAUUUCAGUUGCUUUUGUUGCUGCAAACCCAAGUCACUUGCUACCGAUACAAGGUGGGAGACUUGGAUGCUUGGGGAGUACCCACUUCAGCAAAUCGUCAUGUCUACACCAACUGGUCCAACAAACAUCAGUUUAGAGCUGGAGACUCUCUCUGGUUCCUCUACCCACCUAGUCAAGAUUCUGUGAUUCAAGUAACAGAGGAAGCCUUCAAUACCUGCAAUCUCAAAGAUCCCAUCUUGUACAUGAACGAUGGAAACUCGCUAUUUAAUAUAACUUCUCCGGGUAAACUGUACUUCACCAGUGGAGUACCCGGGCACUGCGAGAAAUUGCAGAAGCUCGAAAUUUCCGUGCUUUUCGCAAAUGGAUCUGCAUUGCCUCCCAGUUACGACACAAGUGCAUUGCCUGCAACCUCUCCUGCUUAUCCUACAGUCUUUGGAUCUAUCCCAGCAGCUUCUUCUGCGGCAUUGCCAUUGCAAAGCUUUUCUGCCUCCAUUGCAGCUGGCGUCGGAUUGGCGAUUGCAUUAAUCUGUGGCGGCAUGUAGAGAGGGGAAAUACUUGAGAGUCAAGUCAAUCAAGGAUACCCAGAUCUGAUUGUGCAAUCUGAGUUCUUAUUACUCUGAAGAUGAGAAAAAAAUGAGAAUGGUAUAUCUCCUUUUUGUUUCUCUUUCCGACCGUAUUCUUUUUCUAGUACUGUAUAUUAUCAACGGAAGUGCUGAAAACUUCCUUAGGUUGUCUGUUUGUAAGGGAUUUCAAUUCUCAUUAUUCUUUCAAAAGCUCUAGUUCUAAGGGAAUAAUAAGAUGUUCUUUCUGGGAGUCUAUGAGAUGGUA